AUCAUAUAGUAUUUGUUCUAAAAAGAGUAUUUGUUGGACAACAGAUCGAUCAUAUACGACCCUGUAAAAGACAAUAUAACAUGUAAAUGGACAAAGUUUAAGGCGUCAAAAUUAUUCAUCAAUUUUAAAGUGAAUGUCCGUGCAUACAAAGGUGGUAAUUUUUAUCUUGUCGCUGAACCGCCAAAACUUAGUGAUCCGACAACUCGGGAUGUGUAAAUACCAUUGAAGAGUAAACCAGAGUUUAAACUUAAAAUACAAAUAGUAGGAUACAUGCAGUUUGUGUGUAAAAAUAUAUUAAAUGUGUACAACGAAGGUGUUAUUUAUUGCUUGAACAAACAUUUUAUACAAAGACAAGUUAUUAAGGGGACAAAAUGCAGACUCGGAUGAUUAUAGUGGUCUCAGUGGUAGCAUGUGUGGUGUUGUUUGCUCUAGGAAUAAUCAUUGGUCACUUUGCCAUCGAGAAGUCUCGUGAUGAAGAGACACAAGGUGAUCAGCAGCAGCUAAGUACUGGAUGUGAAACAGCGUUUAGCGAGCGAUGGAAAAAGUACAGGAAAGGUUACUUGGAUAAAUGUGUAGCGGACUCCUGCACGCAUGCCUCUUGUAAUACAGAGGACCUGCCGAGAACUUACCUGGCCUAUCACUUAAAUGGAAAACCAGUGGUUAUUGACGGGAGACUGGACGAAGAAGCUUGGAGCGAAAUUCCCUGGUCCGAAACGUUCAUGGAUAUACGGGGCCCAGACUACCCAGAACCCUAUUUCAGUACCAGGUUUAAGGUACGUUGGGAUGACGAUCGGCUCUAUGUGGGAGCGCUGAUGGAGGAAACGGACUUCUGGGGAACAUAUACACAGGAUGAGUCGCCAGUAUGGCGAGAAAAUGCAUUUGAGGUGUACGCCGUACCUGAUGGAAGCAUGCACAACUAUAAGGAGAUGCAAGUCAGCGUACGUAACGUGAGCUGGGACCUUAUGUUGGAGAAGGCCUACAUGGACAAUCGUGACAAAUGCGUAGAUCGUAACUCAGUGGCCAUCUCAAGCUGGAACAGUAGCAUGGAAAAGGCAACACAUACAGAUGGAAUAAUUAACAAUCCGAAUGGCCAAGGAUCAUACUGGAGUGCUGAAUGGUCAUUUUCAUUCGCCGCUUUAGCAGAACAUACAGACAGGCCGAGUAACCAACCUACACCGGAAGUACAAGAAGCUUGGUUCUUCAUAUUUGCAAGGCCAGAAUACAAAUUCAAAAUUGUGAACGGACAGUAUAAGAAGGACGAGGAUGCUGCUACGGAAUGGUGGUCAUGGCAACCAAUGUAUACUGUCAAUCUGCAUAUGCCUAGCAGAUUCGGCCUGGUCCAGUUCAAGAGGAGUAUGACUGACAAAACAUUUAACUUCAACAAGUGGCACCUCUAUAGGGCACUGUUCGAAGUAUUUGAAGCUGAACAUAAAUACAAUUCUGUCAACGGAAUGUUUAUUGACGAUUUGAAAAAGCUGCCAGUAGCACCAAAGAUAAUGUCAUCAGAGUGCGUCACUAUCAGCAUCCAAUCAAAUGAUACCUACUUUAGAGCAUCAGUAAAGUCCAAAUUAUAUCCGAAUAUGCAAACCGGAAAUAUACGACCGGAUAGAUACGUCUGGUUUACAUAAUAACGGAAAUACAAGUGACGUACAUAGAUAAAAGAACAGAACUGAUUUUAAUUCAUUUAAUUAAUGGAAUCAUGCAUAAUUAAUGGAAUCAUGCAAUCAUAUAAAUUUGUACAUACAUUCUGUUGAAUUUCAGUUUUAAACACAUCAGGCAAAUUUUACAGAACACUGUUGACAGCAAACGUGACUAUUUAUUCAUUGGAUAUUGAAUGCCAUGGAGAUGGUCUGAAGGUUUCACCAGACUUUACAAAUCACGAAAACUACAGAACAAUCAUUUGUUCAUUAUUUCAACCCAGCAUUUAUUUUAGAUGUACCAUUUUUGAUAGUGAAUGUGGACGUAUAGCUACUAUAAUAAUAUUUCCCUGGUUGUAUGUGAAGGUGGGAAUAUCCGGACAAGGGCAACUGUUUAAGACAUAACAAGGCUCUGCCAUGUUACCGCGUAAAGUUAAUCGCGAGCCGUUACUAUCCGUACCUAAAAUCUUUCUUCAUACUUUAUUCCAAACUCCAACGCAGUGAUCUCCCUUGCCGCUUCGAUCAAUGAGCGAAGCGGCAAGGGAGAUCACUGCGUUGGAGUUUGCCUUUAUUCAUCAGAUAAUAGAGAAUCAAAAGAUUUACUUCCUUCAUAGCAAGCUCGGGAAAUCAAUAUUCAUAAACUGGAAAGACGUCAUGACGUUUCAAAAACAGAAAACAAUGAAAUUAGUUCCGGUUUUGCUAUAAUUACUUGCAGCGUAACGUUAUGUAUUUUUGAUAAAAUAUACUACAUGUCUAAGGAACAGAGAAUAACUAUCAAACUUCUUGAUUCUUUAUUCCGUUUUAUGAAAUAAAACAGAAAUUACUGCAUAAAAUAUA